AUGGCGGACAAAACAGAAGGCAGCUCGCAGAAAUCCAGUUCAAAGGCCAGAUCAUCAGAUACUGUACAUUCAUCUGGUUCUUCAGAUGCACAUAUGUAUGCAGCUGGACCUUCAGACACAGAUAUGCCAAGUCAGACACGACCUAAGAGCCUGAGGAAAAACAAUUAUAGGACAGAAAGUACCCAUGAGAGCCUUUGUGAUUCUCCCCAUCAAAAUUUGUCAAGGCCACUUCUGGAAAACAAGCUCAAAGCAUUUAGCAUUGGGAAGAUGAGUGCUGCUAAAAGAACUUUGAGCAAGAAAGAACAAGAAGAAUUGAAGAAGGAGGAGGAUGAGAAGGCCGCAGCUGAGAUUUAUGAAGAAUUCCUUGCUGCUUUUGAAAGCAGUGAUGAUAAUAAAGUGAAAGCAUUUGUGAAAGGUGGUGUGGUUAAUGCUGCUAAAGAAGAACACAAAACAGAUGAAAAACGAGGCAAAAUGUAUGAGCCAUCCUCAAGAUGUGCAGAUCAAAAGAAUGCACCAAAUCAGUCUUCCAUUGAAAGGCCACCAUCCCUUCUUGUGAUAGAAACUAAAAAACCUCCACUGAAGAAAAAGGAGAAAGAAAAGAAAAAGAGCAAUUUGGAACUCUUCAAAGAAGAACUAAAACAAAUUCAAGAAGAGCGUGAUGAAAGACAUACAACAAAGGGCAGGCUAAGCUGUUUUGAACCCCCUCAGUCACAUUCAGAUGGCCAGCAUCAUUCUAUGGAUUCACCUUCCCAAAGAAAUAUAUCAUCUGUCCCAGAUGACUAUGCACCUGGCUCACAUGAUGUGGGGGAUCCAAAUACUACAAAUUUAUACCUUGGAAACAUUAACCCACAGGUGAAUGAAGAAAUGUUAUGCCAAGAAUUUGGGAGGUUUGGACCAUUAGCCAGUGUCAAAAUUAUGUGGCCAAGGACAGAUCAGGAAAGAGGAAGAAAAAGGAAUUGUGGUUUUGUGGCCUUUAUGAAUAGAAUAGAUGCUGAGAGAGCUUUGAAAAAUCUACAUGGAAAGAUGAUCAUGUCCUUUGAAAUGAAACUAGGGUGGGGUAAAGCCGUACCUAUUCCACUACAUCCAAUAUACAUUCCACCUUCUAUGAUGGAACAUGUUCUCCCCCCUCCACCAUCCGGCCUGCCUUUCAAUGCUCAACCUAGAGAGAGAUUAAAGAACCCUAAUGCUCCAAUGUUACCUCCACCUAAAAACAAGGAGGAUUUUGAGAAGACUCUGUCGCAAGCCAUAAUCAAAGUGGUUAUCCCAACAGAAAGGAAUUUGCUUGCACUGAUACAUCGAAUGAUAGAGUUUGUUGUACGUGAAGGACCAAUGUUUGAAGCUAUGAUCAUGAAUAGAGAAAUCAACAAUCCUAUGUUCAGGUUUUUAUUUGAAAACCACACUCCAGCCCAUGUUUACUAUAGAUGGAAGCUUUAUUCAAUUCUACAGGGAGAUGCUCCAACUAAGUGGAGAACAGAGAAUUUUUGUAUGUUCAAAAAUGGAUCUUUUUGGAGACCACCACCAUUAAAUCCAUACCUGCACGGGAUGUCAGAAGAGCAAGAAACUGAAGCAUUUGUUGAGGAACCUAGCAAGAAAGGAGCACUUAAAGAAGAGCAGAGAGACAAAUUAGAAGAAAUCUUACGUGGACUAACUCCUCAAAAAAAAGAUAUUGGUGAUGCAAUGGUUUUCUGUCUUAAUAAUGCUGAAGCUGCUGAAGAAAUUGUGGAUUGUAUUACUGAGUCAUUGUCCAUCUUGAAAACACCACUACCUAAGAAGAUUGCCAGAUUAUAUUUGGUUUCUGAUGUGUUGUAUAAUUCUUCAGCAAAAGCUGCCAAUGCUUCAUAUUAUAGAAAAUUUUUUGAAAAAAAGUUAUGUCAGAUAUUUUCAGACCUCAAUGCCACCUACCGUACAAUUGAAGGCCACUUACAAUCUGAAAAGUUCAAGCAAAGAGUAAUGACCUGCUUCAGAGCAUGGGAAGACUGGGAAAUUUAUCCAGAAACAUUUUUGGUCAGAUUACAAAAUAUAUUUUUGGGACUUGAAAAUAUUAUUGAAGAAAAAGAAACAGAGGAAGUACCAGAUGAUCUUGAUGGUACCCCUAUUGAGGAAGAGCUGGAUGGUGUACCUCUGGAAGAUGUUGAUGGAAUUCCUAUUGAUGCCACUCCCAUUGAUGAUCUUGAUGGAGUCCCCAUAAAGUCACUUGAUGAUGAUCUUGAUGGUGUGCCUUUGGAUACCUCUGAAGAUUCAAAAAAGAAUGAGCCCAUUUUAAAAGUGACCCCAUCCAAAUGGGAAGCAGUAUAUGAAUCGGAAUUGGAAGUACAGGGGGUAACAACAUCUAAAUGGGAGUUAUUUGACCAGCAUGAAGAAUCAGAAGAAGAAGAAAAUCAAAAUCAAGAAGAGAGUGAAGAUGAGGAAGAUACUCAGAGCUCCAAAUCUGUAGAGCAUCAUUUGUAUUCCAAUCCAAUCAAAGAAGAAAUGACGGAGUCCAAGUCUUCUAUUAAAUAUUCUGAAAUGAGUGAAGAAAAACGAGCUAAGCUUCGAGAAAUAGAACUCAAAGUGAUGAAGUUUCAGGAUGAAUUGGAAUCUGGGAAAAGACUGAAAAAACCAGGGCAGAGCUUUCAAGAACAAGUGGAACACUACAGAGACAAACUUAUUCAAAGAGAAAAGGAGAAGGAAUUGGAAAGAGAACGUGAGAGAGACAAGAAGGAUAAAGAGAAGCUGGAAUCCCGAUCCAAAGACAAGAAGGAAAAAGACAAAUGCACACCUACGAGAAAAGAAAGGAAAAACCGACAUAGUACAUCACCCAAUCCAUCUAGGAGCAGUAGUGGUAGGCGAGCUAAAUCCCCAUCUCCAAGAUCAGAGCGAUCAGAGCGGUCUCACAAAGAGAGUUCACAUUCCAGAUCAUCUCACAAAGAUUCUCAUAGAGAUGUUAGUAAAAAGGCCAAAAGAUCACCAUCUGGUUCAAGGACACCUAAAAGGUCUAGUCGAUCACGAUCUAGGUCCCCUAAAAAAUCAGGGAAGAAAUCCAGGUGUCAGUCUCGAUCUCCACACAGAUCUCACAAGAAGUCAAAGAAAAGCAAACACUGACAAAAAAAAAAACCCACAUGUUUUAUAA